UUCCAACCUGAAUGGAUGGAUGGAUGGAUUGCAAUUUCGGCUUCACACAACAGAUCACAAAAGCAGCGAGCCUCGCCAAGAUUCUUUUCGAUUCUACGUACGAGACACGUCAGACAAUCGGUCGCCACCCUCCCAGCUGGACAUCGUCAUCGAGGUAUAACUUAAUCCAAUCAAUUCGGCCAUUUUUAAUCUUCUAAUGAACUCAAAUUUUAUGGAACGUCAACGACGAGUCGCCACAAAUCACGACGCGUCCGUUGCUCCUGUCGAUGGGCCAGGAUCGAGUGAUCCUGAGUAGCGACCAUUUCGACGUCCAGGAUCAGGAUAGCGAACCCUCUGAUUUGUAGAUCACCUUGGUGGCCCAGCCGACCAACGGCCGGCUCCAGCGAUUCCACCCGCUGACCAACAGCGACCGGACGUUGCAAAAUGGCGAAACUUCGGACUACCAGGAGCUCCUGGACGGCAACAUCGCCCUCAUCUCAUCCGCCGAGGAGGCCCAGAUCGUCUUCCGGGUGACGGACGGUGACUCGUCAGCCGGUCAGGAAGUGACGCUCCGCUACGUAAACAAGCAGCAGGACGAGGAGCUUUUCGGCCGCAGUGGGACCACAACGCCCUGCCUGAUGGAAUUCAACACGACCGAGUGGAAAUCCGGCGAGAAUUCUGGGGUGGCCGCCGUGACGGUGGUCCGCACCGGCGAUUUUUCCAUCACCUGCUCGGUCAUUUGUUUCACCGAGGCCCAGUCGGCCGACGACUCCAAAGAUUUCUAUUCCCGCCCAGUGGCCGAAUCGUCCAGAGUCUUUUUCCUGCGCGGAGUCAAAUUUAAUUUACUGCCCAGUUCAAAUUAAAGACGACAGUUUCUACGAAGGCGACGAAACUUUCCUGGCCCGGCUGAGUCACCCUCAAGUGGAACAGCUGGAAACUGGCGGCGGCCAGCAGACGACCGAUCAGCCCAAAGUGGCGCCCGGCUCGUCGUCAUCGGCUGUGAUCGGAUCGCGGAGUACAUUGGCCGUCCGCAUCCAGGACGAGGAGGACAUUACCCGGGUCCAGUUCAAUCAGUCCGUCUACCGUCCAGGGACUCAACAGGAUGCCGAUUCCGUCACUCUGCACGUUGAUAGGACGGGCGAUUUGCGAUUCGCUUCAAGAUAUUCGUGUCCAGUUUGGACGGGAGCGCCAAGGAAGGCAAGGACUAUGUCCUGAAAGGCCGUCAGAGCCUGCAAUUCGGCCCUGGAGAGAAGUGGACGUCGUUCAGCGUGGCGUUUGUCAACGCCAAUCACAAAAAUACCUGGCCAAAGAGUUUCCAGAUCUCUCUCAGCCCCAAGGACAGCAUCAAUGCCCAGUUGGGGGCCGGUAAAUCGUCUGCCACCAUCCUGAUCCCACCGACAGUCACUUCCGGGCCGGCUCUAUUGCCGUCCGAGCCCAUCGUCGUCUCCCUAAUGGACUACGAUCGACUGGGCGCGGAUCUUGACAAGCGACCGACGUCAGUUCCGGCUGGAUAUCCGGUCGUUUGCGUCACGCCUUGUGACCCGAAAUAUCCGCUGUACAACAUCAGCACCCAGAGGCUCUGCCGCAACAUGGCCAUCGACGUCUCCAAGAUUCGCUUCUCCUGGGACAUUUCACCUCCAUCCAGCGGAAGCAGCAGCAGAAGCAGCAGCCAGGAGCCGUUGAGCGACAGUACGGCCGGCCCGUUUUAUCGAUUGAGCGAACCGACGGCCUUCAGUGGAAUCGAAGAUCGGGUGCUGGACGCCGUCUUCUUCGGCCGUGACUUCAAAAUCCGCUGCGUGGCCCAGCCGGUACGAUUGGAUUCGGCCAUGAUGGUCGGGCCGGCCUCCAAGAGUCGACCCGUGAUGGUUUUGGGUCAGUCGGGACUCUGCCCGCCUUUCGCUCCCAACAGCCUGGCCUCGGACGAUCCGUCCGACGACCAGGUGAUGGUGGCCGGCCAGCAGCCCUUCUCGGUCUCCCUGUCCUACGUCAACGCCAGCGAUCCGCAGCAUCCGGACACGAUGCGCAUCCAAGUCGUCGUGCCCCACUUGGACGGACUGAUGCCCAUCCUGUCGACCCAGCCGCUGCACGGCAUCUGGCACGUCAUGAGCGAGCCGGCCUACCGCUCCCACCACCGCUGCUCCAAUCUCCACCGGCCAUGGGAUUCCUGGAUGGAAGCGAUCGAGACGAUCCGAAUUUGGCGCCCAAAUUGCCGUUUGAAUUUUCCAAAAGCAUCCGGUAAGAAUCGGCCGUCCGGCUCUACCGCCACCUGGAUUCCACCGGAUGCCUCUGGCAUUUCGAAGCCUGGUACACCAUGACGGAACUGGUCCAGCUCUGCGGCGGCCAAGUCACCUCAAAUUUCCAGGCGAUGAACCGCGGGCAAGUUCAAGUGACGGUCCGGGUGCCGCUGUACGUGACGUUGAUCAGCGCUUCGACGGGCGGCCACCAGAGCUGGACCAGCGUCGAGCAUCAGACGGAAAUGAAAUUCUCCUUCUCCUACGCUUCGGUCCUGCUGUGCCAGCGCGGAGUGGCCGAAACCAAGCUGGCCUUGGCCGUCCAGCCCCACGUGACGCGAAUCCGCACCAAUCCCAACAACGGCCGCCUGGUGAUUGAAUUCCAAACGGAGACCCGCUUCGCCGGACGCUACCUGGAAGGCGGAAGUAGACUACUAAGUCCUCCGCACCACCACUUCGUGGCCGGCUAGUGGCUGGGCUUGAACCUGGAGCUGAUGUGGAGUCAGAUCUACCCGACGGGAGCCACUUUCCAGAAGUGGAGGCCCGUCUCCAAUUACACGCUGCAGGACUACACGGUCAACUACACGCUAAAUAACUACGCGCCAGGAAUCCGGAAGCCAAGUGAAGGCUCGUCGAGGCACCAACAUGCGCUUCCUGCCACUGGACUGGCCGCCGUCAGGCCACACUAAAAGCAGCCUGGCGAGCAACAGCCCCAACGGCAGCUCUGACGACGAGCCUCAGCCGUCGGCCGUCCUGGCCUCGACGCUCCUGCUCUCGGCCGGCCUCUUGGUCAUUCUAGUCAUGGCCGUUUUGAUUGU